GCUUCCUCUCAGCUUUGGUCUCCCUCUCCCCAUUAAAUUCAAACGCUUCCAAGAACUCCCAAUCGGACUCAUUCUCGUGUCUCUCCUUCUGCAAGUUAUUCUUUUUGCUAGCUUGUUGAUCUGUUGCUUGUUGGUUCUUGGUGAACCAAUGGCGUACGGCAAGAGGUCGAGGCAGCAGGCCGAGGAGAUGGUCUGGCUGCCCGACGGCACCGACGUGGCGCGAUUCCUGCUGCUCUUCUCCGGCCACCACCACGGCGGCGGCGUGGUGUCGACGGACAUGGCGACCUCGGCGCCGGAGAGGGUGUUCGAGUGCAAGACCUGCAACCGGCAGUUCCCGUCCUUCCAGGCGCUCGGCGGGCACCGGGCCAGCCACAAGAAGCCCCGCCUCGCGGACGGCGGCGACGGCGCCGCGGCCGAGCCGCCCAAGCCCAAGGUGCACGGUUGUUCCAUCUGCGGGCUCGAGUUCGCCAUCGGGCAGGCGCUCGGCGGGCACAUGCGCCGCCACCGCGCCGCCGAUCAGGCAGACGGCGCCCCCGUCCUCGGGCUUGCUCUCAGCCUCGGCAGCGGGCUCGGACCGAAAGACGACGGCAAGAAGGCGGCGCCAGCGCCCGAGCUGGUGCUGGACCUGAACGCCGUGCCAGCGCUGGAGGAGGAGCCGGAUCACUCCAAGCUGGGGCUCGCCGUCGAAUUCCCCAUGGCAGUAGUUGACUUCUUACGUUGAGAACGUGGAAGAGAUUGAUUGACCUUUUCGAUACCAUUUUUGGAUUGUACUAUUUACAUUCAACUACCCCAAAAGUCAGCCCUUGAAACAUUAGAAAUUCCACCAUACAUGUUUUAUUUUGCCAUUAUAAGGUGACACACACCAUACUCAUACACCUUACGAGUAUACGUAUAUCGCACACCUAAAGAUAAUACCGUUAAAAACACUCACAUGUAUAUAAAUCGUGGGCAUUGAGAUUUAAAUCCUAAUAGAUAGAGUGUACACUCACGACUCCACCACCACACUAAGAUAUGGUUUCGGGAUACUCUAAUAUUCCGGGGGCUCUAUAUGUACAAAGAAAUGAUCUAUAUAUACAAUACAGUUUGAUUUUCAAUAGCAA